AUGACAAAUAUGUGGAUGCAGACAGAAAACGGUGAUAUGGGUGUGAAAGAUUACUAUGAUGUUUCAUAUAACCAAUCUAAUAAUUCGAUCGAACCUGAAAUUGAUUGGUCCUCAUAUGCCAAAAACAAUAACGAAAACAUUCCUUAUUAUGAUAAUAACGAUGACGAUAUCUACAACACCAAAGACGACGAUGAUGAUACCGAAAACAACGCCGGUGAAGUCGGUGAUGUCUACAACACUGAAGACGAUGAUGAUUAUGAUGAUAAUGAUAAUUAUGUUGAUGAUGAAAAAUAUUAUUAUCGAUCCAAACAUACACCUGGCUUCAAUCUAAACGUUCUAACGACAGAUUUGUUCAAAACACCAUAUAAUAAUAAGAAAAGCAAGAUCAAAAUCAAAAUUGGAUUUGAGUCUGGUACAAGUGAUUCAUCACCAGACAGUAGCUUUAGUGAUGAUGUUUUGUCUCUUAAUUUGUCUGACAAUUCAAGGGACUUUACCACUGUAUUCGAGUAUUCUGGAAUAGGGUGGAUUUUGAUGCCAUUGAAGAAAACUUUCUUAUUGCGCAUACUUGAAAAUAUUAAAUCAUUGUUGCUUCUUGCCUCUCUGUGUUUUGAGUAA